UCUCGACGUUGGCAACACGGGAGAAGUCCAGCUCUGCCCUCCGAGAUCAGGACGGGGAUCAACGCUCCUCAUGGAGCCUAUAAUGUCCUGGAGCACCGACAGAGUCACCGCCUGGCUCACAGGUUUGGAUACGUCACUGCAGCAGUACACAUUUGAACAGUGGCAGUUGUGCGGGGUGGAUUUGCUACAGUUAUCCUCACAGCAGCUCGAACAGCUCGGCGUGCACAAGAUCGGACACCAGGAGCUGAUCCUCGACGCCGUAGAGAAACUCUGCACUCUGACAUAUGGUCAGGCUGGGGAGAAUGUGCGCAGUCUAACGGAGAAGCUGCGUGCUGUCGCUCACUCGCUGCAGAUGGGUAUUCAGAGUCAAUGGCGUGUCAACACAUACGAAGGACACACAGCCACAACUGUGCCUAAUCAGGAACUACAGCUUGUACUGGAUCUCAUCAUUGCAGCCAAGGCCCUGUAUUCUCUGCUCAACAGGCACCAGUAUGCAGAGUUGACAGGAUAUACAGACUUUAAGAUCAUUGUUGAUCUGUGUACAGAUCUGCACUCCAUGAUACAAAAGGAUAACACGUUGCUGGAUAAGGAGAAGGACAUCAUCUCAGUUAGUCGUCAGUUGGUGGCGAUAUGUGAUGAUGUUCUGAGUGCUGCUCCUGAGGCUGUACUGACCCACACUUCCCAGCUGCAGAGUGUUGAGCUGGUGCCGGUCUUACCUGGAGAACAACUGGGGAUUGAGAUCACCUCCACACCCUCUAGCCAACACUACGUCUCUGGAACAUUUGCUGAGAUCCCAACAGAGAAGAUCUUGGCAGGUGAUGAGGUCAUUAAGGUGAAUGAUCAGAUUGUGGUGGGCUGGAGCAGGAAGAACCUGGUGGCGAAGCUUCAGGAGAACCCGAACGGUGUGACGCUGGUGCUGAGACGCCUUCCUGCCUCGUCUGUCUCUCACACACACAAAGUCAAGCCAACACAGAAGGAAGAAGAAGACGAGGAAGAGGAAGAGAGAAACAGACAGUCAGUGUUGGAGCGAGCGCCGGCGUCUGUGCGCUCGUACUCGUUCAGGGCUGCUGUGUACCCUGAAGAGCAGCAGACGGUACAGGAGAAGUCGGUGUUCAGUGAUCACGGCCUUGAUGGGAAACAGAGCUUCAGUGCACUCACACACCACCUGGGUGCAGGAUCUGGAUUAGAGCGCAGGUGUACGUCUCUCCUCAGUCUGGACUCAAGGACAAGAGUCGGAUCCUGGCCUGAGAUGGGGGCCAGUGUGGAGGAAAAGGAGACCAAGAAGAGCUCCUUCAAAGGCACACAGACAGCGAUGAGUCGCAGGAGGGUGUCGUGUCGUGAGCUGGGCCUGCCGGACUGUGACGGGUGGCUGUGGAAGAAGAGGAAAGAGAUGAGUGUGUUCGUGGCACAGAAAUGGCAGCGCUUCUGGUUUGUCCUUAAAGGAGUUACAAUCUACUGGUACACCAGCCAGCAGGAGGAGAAGGCAGUGGGGUUGGUGAAGAUUGGCAGCUACAGCAUCGAGAGCGCUGGAGAACACAAGAGGAAGUACGUGUUUAAAAUGAGUCACCCACGCUUCCAGAAUUUCUUCUUCGCCGCUGACAACGUUAGUGACAUGAGCAAGUGGAUCAACUGUCUGAUCACCGCCAUCCAGAAAUAUAAGAAGUACCAAGAGAAUCCGUCAGACACCGAGCCCGAGUGCUACAGCGAGACCGAGUCGGAGGAGGACGGCGGCUCCCACUCACCACAUCUAAAGAAAAAAACCACCACGAAGCUCCAGUCUAACACACUCCCUCGGUCUCUGGGCAAGAAAAACAAACAACUGGGAAGAAAUGCAGUCACCACUUCACCAGUAGGGGGCAGUAAAGCUGCAGCUACACAACCACAAGGAACAGUAGAUGAGAUGGGCGAGCUGUUUAACAAGCUGAAGGAGGGAGGAGUGUCUCUGAUUGGCCAGAAACAGCCCGUCACUCAUGACCAACUCCGCAGGUCCUUCAUCCGCCGAAACAAGAAUCCUGUCAUCAACGAUAAGGUCCACACACUCCGUGCUCUUCAGAGCACGCUCAAGGCAAAGGAGGCGGAGUUACAGCUCAUAGAUAAGCUUCUGGAAGAUUCCAGUCUGACGCCGCCGAAAUUCCGCCAGUGGAAGCAGCACAAUGAGGAUCUGUACCAAGAAAUCGAGAAAAUCGCCAAAGAGAAAAAACAAACCCGUACAACCACACAAGCAAACACUGCCCCCACCGAUGACGACGGAGCAGGUCGACUCAGCCUGAGUGACGGAGAGCAGCUAGUGGACGCUGAGUUGCCUAGUAAUAAGUUCUCCACCCAUGAAUCUGAUCAGGAACACUUAGCAGAGUGUACUGAGCCACGCUGUGAAAGAGCAGACAGCAGCUCCUCUGAAAAUUACUUCUACAUCUGAGCUGUUAAGUACCUGAGCCCGCCUACUUUAGAAUUCUGACUAGUCACAGCCUCUUUUUAGGAACGGGGCGGGACCUGAGCUGGUCUGGAGAACAUUUCCGUUUUCCAACCUUGUUCUUACAAGAAAUGAUCGAUGUCAGUGUUGCUAAGCAACCUAGAUGUUUUUUAAGCUAACUUUCUAGCUAGCUCCAAAGAUGCGUAAGUAAAUCAAAUAAUUAUUAAUUGCUUAACCCUCGUGUUUCCUUUGCUACUUUUCAGUAGUGUUACAGUUGUACAGUGUAGUUUAUAACAACUGCUUAAGGUUAAACAUCAUCUCAAUAUGAAUUUCCAAGUCUUCACAUCAGCAGCCCAAGUCCAGAAUGAUCAGUAUUAAUUUGCUUAUAGUACAGUUCACAUCUCAAACUGCUGAUCGGAACGAACGCAUUGGUGUUAAUCCACUGAAGACUCUGAGUGAAACACUGGAUAUACAGCUUUAGUCCAAAAAGGAUUCAAAACAAUAAACACCGAACCUGGAAGCAGACGGAGAUGACCAAAAUCCUUGACAUCUGUGGUGAUGUGGACAAAUCUGUCAAACAUGAUCAGAGCUCUUAUGUGAAACAGGAAGUUAUUUUACUUUGUAAAUAAUCUGUGACAAAUUUUACGUUAUAUAAAAAUAGAACAAAGUGGCCUGUGCACAUAACGGACAUUGACAAGGCCUUUUAUUUUUACAGGUCUGUUUGAUAGCGAUCGUUUUAAAGUUUUAAUCUAAUACCUGCUUUUACUGUACGUUUCAUGUUUGUUCUGCACGUUGUUCAUUUGUGCAAUGACGGGGAGAAAAGGACGAGAAUAAAUGUAAAUAAUCUGCGAAUCAUUAUACAGAACAAAAUCUUCACGUAUUGACUAAUAUUGUGAACACUUAUACAUGUGAAAGACUUUAAGGCGUCGUCCGUUUUAUUGUAAAUAAAAUGUCUACGGUUUACAACAGCUAAAAA